AUGAUGUUCUUAGAGACAUGUUGAACAAGCAGGUGUUCGUAUACCUAGAUGACAUCUUGAUCUACUUCCGUACCAAGGGGGAACAUGUGCAUCAUCUCCAGGCCGUCCUUCAACGCCUGCUUGAGAACUCGCUGUUUGUAAAGACCGAGAAAUGUGAGUUCCAUACCACCUCUGUCUCGUUUCUGGGAUACAUCAUGGGACGGGGGAGCAUGCAGAUGGACCCUGCCAAAGUCUCCGCGGUCACCUCCUGGCCUGUUCCUGACUCGCGUAAGCAGUUACAGCGGUUCCUGGGGUUCGCAAACUUUUACCGAAGGUUCAUCCGUGGCUACAGCACGGUGGCUACCCCACUCACGGCCCUCACCUCUUCAAAGGUGCUGUUUCAGUGGUCUCCCUUGGCUGAGGGGGCUUUCCAGAACCUCAGGUCCCGUUUCACCUCUGCUCCCAUCCUGCGAGUUCCGGACCCGGAGAGACAGUUCGUGGUGGAGGUGGACGCCUCCGACGUAGGGGUAAGGGGCAUCUUGUCGCAGAGGGCGGCCGACGACCAGAAGCUUCACCCUUGUGCCUUCUCUAAAAGAUUUUCGCCAUCGGGAACCGGGAGUUAUUGGCGGUUAAGCUGCCGCUGGAGGAAUGGCGUCACUGGCUCGAGGGGACCAAGCUGCCUUUUCUGGUUUGGACUGACCACAAGAAUUUGGCGUACAUCCAAUCAGCCAAGAGACUGAACUCCCAGCAGGCCAGGUGGUCCCUAUUCUUCACCAGGUUCAACUUUUCUCUGUCCUACUGGCCUGGUUCCCACAACAUUAAACCAGACGCCCUGUCUCGUCUGUUUGUGGGAGGGGAGGACUCCGUCACCGAGCUGGUUCCCAUCUUACCAGUACCCCGCUUGAUUGCGUCUUUAUCUUCCGGAUUCCACCCACAAUCAAAUGGGCCGACAGAACAGAAAAUUCAGGAGAUGGAGACAGCACUUCGGUGCAUGAUUUCCAAUCAUUCCUGACUUCUUUUAUUUAUUUGUUAAAGGUAUUGGGGACGUCAGGAACCGUCCCUUGACCGGGGGGGUUCUGUCACAGUCUGCUCCAAUUCUUCCUACCUCAGCCCGGUACUUUUUCACACCUCGCCUCCUUCUCACCUCACCAGCCAGCCACUCCCACCUCAUCACCUCACCUUGGGCUCAGGCUGCUGCCAAUUAAUCAAGCCCUUAUUUAAGCCUCUCCCAGUCACUCACUCAGUGCCAGAUUGUUCUCUACUUAUGUCAGACUUUCCAGCGAUUACCCCCGGACUGAUUUCUUGUUACCAACCCUGCCUGUCUCCGAACUACCCGCCUCGUCAAAUCCCCGGAAUACCCACCAGCCUUCUGUCCCCGACCUCGAGCUCGGUUUCCUCAUCUCUGAACCUGGGUUACUUAUGUCUGAGUAAGACCCUCUGCUGUGUGAAAUUAUCAUUUUGCAUUAAGUCUCUGCAUGUGUCCUGGGAUUUCCUGUACCUGCCUGUUCCAGUAAAUAAACCUGUGUAUCUACAA